AUGUUCGACAAGAUAAAGGCCCUACAGGCCGAGGGUAAUGCCUACUAUGCCGACGGCCGCUACGAAGCCGCGCGUGAAAUCUACACGAAAGCAAUCACUCUGUUAACUGCGCACGAUAAUAAUGUAUUAUCUAGCGACCCACGUAAUGGUGAUACAAUCUCGUGGGAAUCUCAAACAGCCUCGCAAUUGCUUUCCAAUCGCGCACAAACUUCGAUCCAAGAACGCAAUUUUGCUGCCGCAUUACAGGACGCUACGCUCGCGCUCAGAUACAACGCAGAGAAUGAAAAGGCUUUACUGCGCAAACUUGUAGCGCUCGAGAAUCUUGAAAGAUUUGAGGCCGCGCUGCACUUAGUAAACAAUGUACUGGAUGGUGGUAAAAGGAAUGCUCGAACACUAUUUCAAUAUUGUGUGAUAGCACGUCGUCGAUUGCACAAGAAUUUGGCCAGGGACUGCCAAGUGGCUGCUGAAGAAGUCAAGCAAAUGGGCAAGAUGGUGCACGACACACAGCAAUUGAGAAUCAAUUUCGGAUGUUUGCUACCAUCUCAAGUGCCACCAAACCAAUUUUUUAACGUUGCUGUUAAUAUUGGUAAUGAAUUUGGACUUUUUCGAAGGGAAUAUGUGAAAGAAGGGGAACCGAUCUAUCUCCAGUGUUCAUUGCAAAAUAAAUCGACAAAUAAGUACAAAUUAGUGUUCGAAGAGCCGUUCGAUGUGCUUGAUGAUAUAAAUUCAUGCACAGUAGAUGCAAAUGGUAAAGUGAAACUAAAUGAGCAUGGAAAAGCAAGUUUUCGUGUUGCCAUCGGCAAUAGCGAUGAGAUGGAAUCAGCGAGUACGCUUGAAUCUGUUGCUCUUGAGAUUCAGGCACACGAAUCGAUUCGUGCAAAGUGGGACUUGCUUCCUGUAGUUUCGUUACCGCUUUUUAUUGUAUCUCAAGGUGGUGAGUCGAAAGAGGGAGUCACUGGACAACUAGGCGUACAUUGCUGCCGAACUGUGAAACUUCCAGGAGUAGCGCAGGAUAUUUUACUUGCUGAGUCACCUGGAAAUCUUGGAAUCGGAGGAAAGUUGUGGGACUCGUGCUUGGUCUUGACCCGUUUCCUCGCGGCAAGACAAGAUCUUAUCAGGAACAAACAAGUUGUGGAGCUAGGCAGUGGACUGGGCCUUGUUGGGAUCUUUUGUUCGCUGCUGGGAGCACAUGUCACAUUAACGGAUAUGAAAGAAAUAAUCCCAUUGAUUGAGUACAACAUAAGCUUAAAUUAUUGUGAAGAAGGGCAAAGAGAUGACAAGGGUAAAGGCGGCAUUACUCCUAUAGCAAGAGCGCAUCAUUGGGGAGAGUCUCCGUGUAAUUUGCCAGUGCAACCAGACGUCAUCGUGCUCUCGGAUGUCGUAUACGAUCCUAUAGGGUAUGCCCCGCUUGUGUCUUCGCUAGUAGCGUUGGCAACUUGUUCUAAGACGCUCGUGCUGAUGGCGUAUCGCUCCCGCAACCCACUAGAGUAUCAGUUUUUUGAACUCCUAUCACAAAGCUUUUCGUGCGAGCGAAUUCACUGGCUUUCCACCGAGAAGUCUGCUCUGAAAGCUUGUGCAGCUGGUGGGUUACCAACUACAAAGCAAGUUCUCGAAGACGUGCAAAUUUUUGAAAUUCGACGCCUGACAGUAUAG